AUGACCAUGACCGAGAACCCGGUUUUUGUCUUCGUGCCAGGGGCAUGGCAUACGGCAGACACAUUCGACGUUGUGCGGGAUUUGAUGCACAAGCGUGGACUUGCAACCAAAGCCAUCUCCACUCCUUCCGUGGGCGCUUGCUCUCCAGACCAGGGGCUGCACGCGGAUAUUGAAUACACCCAUGCUGUCCUCAAGCAUAUGGUGGAAGCUGGCCAUCAAGUUGUGCUGGUGAACCAUUCCUAUGGUGGGAUGGUUGGCUCCGCGGCUGUCGAGGGCCUGGGGUACGCGCAGCGUUGCAAAGCCGGUCUUUCUGGCGGUGUACUCAUGGUGGUGUGGCUGGCUGCAUUUGUGACACCAAAGGGCAAAUCAUUAAUGGACAUGCUGGGCGGAAAUCUACUUCCCUGGAUGAUCGUCAAGAGCUCCGAGGAUGGUUAUUGUUGGUCCUCUGAGCAAGAAACCGUAUUCUAUAAUGACAUGUCUCCAGAAGAGCAGCAGUCGGCUAUUUCCAAAUUGAAGCCGCACACGCUCAAGGCAUUCAAGGAGCCGGCGAUGCAUGAGCCUUGGCAUGAGAUGCCUAGCAUGUAUCUGUUCUGCGACCAGGAUGCAGCUAUCCCCUUGUCUGUACAAGAGAGCUUUGCUGAAACCCUAGGCAACCCAGUGACCUACCAUGUCGAUGCUUCUCACUCGGCCUUCCUGAGUAUGCCAGAUAAGGUGAUUGAUGGGUUAGAGAUUGCAUUGAAAGAGGGUCGACAGCAGAGUGGAAUUGUCGUAAACUAG